ACAGCAGGCCCGCGUCUCUGCAGUUGAUCAGAGAGAGGCCGACCAGCACCCAGGUACCAUGUCUGGGAUGAUUAUUCUUAAUGAUGUGCCUGUUUAUGCCUUAUUUGACACUGGAGCAACCCACUCUUUUAUAUCACACCGAUGUCUUGAAGCUAUAGGAGUUCAUUCUCUUACCACUGUCGAUCCUCUCGAGGUGAAUUUAGCCUCGGGACGAAAGAUAGUGACUGAUUCCAGAGCCACCGAUCUCAGCCUUUCCAUCGGCGGCCGUAUUUUGACUUCUGAUGCUUAUUUUAUCAGGAUGAGGGAUUUUGACCUCAUACUCGGUAUGGAUUGGCUAACAC